UGAAUAUAUAUCCUCGGCCCUGAAUCCCCUUGCGUUAAGCUUUUUAUAUUGAGAAAAUAAUGGACAAGGUCGAGGAUUUACAUUGGGGUUGUCUUUCCCUUAAACGUAUUACGAUGCUGGUUGGUAUGGUCCGAUUUGGUGAAACAAAUAUUCCAUUUGAGUUGAUUAUUUCUAUACACUACUGCAAUUAAAUUAAAAACGAAAAAAGAGUAUAAAUCCUUAUUCGGCUUAAUAUGGUUGGAAAUCAUAUGCAUAUGCCAGUGGUGUUAUCAAAUCGAAAUAAGUAACGAGAGUAUUUUUCUAAAGCAAACUCUCUAAUUUAGACCUAAAUUGUAAAGUGGUCUUGUUUUUGGACCAGCUAAAUUGUGAAGCGAUUGAAAACGUGAAGCGGUCGUACAUUAGCUAAUCUCCUACACAAACGGCUUACUUAACAGUUUCCCGCCUUCCUGUGCCACUAAAUGCGAGCUUUUGCAAGGAGGCUUAUAUCCUUGACGCACCCAAGUCUUCAUCUUUCCCAUCCGACCCCCGAGUCCUUUGUCUGGAACACUCUCAUCCGAGUCCAUGCACAACAAUCCAGUCAUGGUUCGACUGGCUCAACCCUUUCAACCCCAUUCUCCAUCUUCAGCCGAAUGCGUUUACAUGGAGUUCAACCCGAUUUCUACACUUUCCCUUUCCUUCUCCAAUCCUUCAACUCCCCACCUCAUCUCCAUUCUGGAAAACAAAUCCAUACCCAAACUAUCCUCUUUGGGUUCGUUGAUGACCCAUUUGUCCAAACAUCUCUUAUCAAUAUGUACUCAUCUUGUGGCCAUUUGAUGCUUGCCCGUCAACUGUUUGAUGAGAUUACCCAACCUGAUUUAGCGUCUUGGAAUUCUAUCAUUAAUGCGAAUUGUAAAGCGGGAUUGAUAGAUGUUGCAUGGAAUCUGUUCGAUGCAAUGCCUGAAAAGAAUGUGAUAUCAUGGAGUUGUAUGAUAAAUGGGUAUGUUGAAUGUGGUGGCUAUAAGGAAGCACUUGCUUUGUUCCGUGAGAUGCAAAUGUUGAAAACAAAUGAUGUCAAGCCUAAUGGGUUUACCAUGUCGAGCAUACUUUCUGCUUGUGGACGUUUAGGUGCGCUUGAGCAUGGAAAAUGGGUUCAUGCUUACAUUGAAAAAUGCAAAAUGGAAAUUGAUGUUGUCUUAGGGACUGCUUUAAUAGACAUGUACGCAAAAUGUGGCAGUAUUGGAAAAGCGAAAUGGGUAUUUAACCUUAUGGGUCAUAAUAAGGAUGUGAUGGCUUGGAGUGCAAUGGUAUCAGGACUUGCUAUGCAUGGAGAUGCCUGGGAGUGCCUUCAGUUAUUCAAUGAAAUGACAAGCCAUGGAGUGAGGCCUAAUGCUGUAACAUUUAUAGGUGUUUUGUGUGCUUGUGUGCAUGGAGGUCUGGUGAGUGAAGGAAAGGAGUACUUUAGAAGGAUGAACAAAGAGUUUGGUAUUAGUCCUAUGAUCCAACACUACGGUUGCAUUGUUGACCUUUAUGGGAGAGCUGGUCUCAUCGGCGAGGCAUGGAAUGUGGUAAAAUCAAUGCCUAUGGAGCCUGAUGUGCUCAUAUGGGGGGCUCUACUGAGUGGAUCUAGGAUGCAUGGGGACAUUGAAACUUGUGAGAUUUCGCUGAAGAAACUAAUUGAAUUGGAUCCCUCUAACAGUGGUGCAUAUGUUCUUUUAUCGAAUGUGUAUGCUAAGAUGGGAAAAUGGAUUGAAGUGAGGCAGGUGAGAGAUCUUAUGGAGGUAAGGGGGAUCAAGAAAGUUCCAGGAUGCAGUUUAGUUGAGCUAGGUGGUGUUCUUCAUGAGUUUUUUGUGGGUGAUAAAUCUCAUCCAGAGUCUCAGAAGAUAUUUAAGAUGCUUGACGAAAUUUUGAAGAGGUUAAAGAUGAAAGGUUUCGUAGGAAAUACGAGGGAGGUUUUGCUCGACUUAGAUGAGGAAGGAAAGGAGUUGGCACUAUCCCUUCAUAGUGAGAAACUGGCAAUUGCGUUCUGUUUCUUGAAGACAAGCCCAGGUACAGCAAUACGCAUCAUUAAGAACCUCAGGAUUUGUGGUGAUUGUCAUGAGGCUAUAAAGAUGAUUUCAAAGGAAUUUGAUCGGGAGAUUGUUGUCAGAGAUUGUAAUCGUUUUCACCAUUUUAGACAAGGUUUAUGCUCUUGUAGAGACUACUGGUAGAUGAAUGGUAAUUAAACUUUUGGA